UGAAAGAGCAAAGAAAUGUCUACUACGAUACGAGGAUGAUUCUGAGUACUGGUCUUUAUUUAAAGAUAUCCACAGAGUAUUAAAAGAGGAAGAGACGAUCUGCAGUGUAUGUUUGAGUGAUGUUUCGGAACCUCCUAAUGAGAUUGUCCUAUGUGAAUACUGCCUACAAGGUUAUCACCAACAGUGUCACAGUCCAAAUAUAGGAUCAGGUAAAAUCGUUGACCCUGAUGAACCUUGGUACUGCCGGAAAUGUGUCUUCUUUCUGCAAGCAAGUCAACCUGGAAAAGCAGACAAGGACAAAAAAUGGGAUGAAGAGAUGAAGAAAAUGAAACUGACGUUGCCUUACAAUCUAGAUACUCUAACCUGGGACCAACAACAUAAAAAUAAUGUAGAGGCAACAUACUGUUACUGUGGUGGACCGGGCAUCUGGUUCCAGAAAAUGCUUCAGUGUUGUAGAUGUAAACAGUGGUACCAUGAAGCCUGUAUGCAGUGUUUAGAGUAUCAGCUGUUGUAUGCAGACAGUUUCUACAUAUUUGUGUGUAGUCCAUGUAAUGCAGGCAAUGAAUACAUAAAACGUCUGGAUGUAGACUGGGCAGAUUUGGUCCAUAUUGGAUUGUUUAAUCUGGCAGUUAUGCAGAAAAGGAAAUACUUUGAUCUAGACGGUGAACUGAUGCCUUGGCUGUUAGAGAACUGGGACCAAUUACAAGUUAACAAGUACACAGAGAUUACUGAGGAUGAAAAGGAAGUUGAAGUUAAAAAUGCCUUGGAAAGUAACAAAACAAGAUUUACCAAUGGAUCUGAAGUGCGUAAGAAGUGGGCAUUAUGGGGUUUGCGUGUACGAGUGCCACCUCCUCGGAUACAUAUCACCCUUCCUUUCACUGGACAAGUCACUGAUGAGUUGAUGAACAAACUUAAGAUAAAAGGUCGAAGGUCAAAGGUGUUCAUGCCUGUUGAAUGCAAAUCUCCAGUAAACCAGAUACAUUACAGUCCACUACAUGCAAGAGGUGCUGUCAAAAAGAGGCUCGAUGCUGUAGCCUUAGGACAGGGAGAAUGCAAGUACAGUCCGUCCAAACACGCAGGCUCUCCAGGAAAGUCUGCAAGAAAACCAAAGAAACUGCCAUUCCUUGAAACUCUCAUUCCGUUGGGCUCUUCAUUCGUAGGAUGUAAUCAUCCAUUUAAAACAGAAAUUGAACAGUCAGCUGAAAAAGCAGAGCAAAAAAUACGCGCCAAAAUUUGGAAUAAAUUUCUCGAGACAUUUGACUGUAAUGAGGAAGUGGAGAGCAGUACAGGGAUUACCGACUUUGUACCAGAUGAUCCCCCAGUCCUAGAGAAAGUUGAACCCGUAGUGCCUACAAUAUCGUGUAACGGUACCCCACCCAUGCCUGAGAUACAAGAAAAGAAACCCGGUCGAAAGUCUGUGCCAAAGCUGGAAAAAAACAAUGAAAAGAGGGGAAGUGACCGUCAAAGAAGGCGGAAAUCUACUCAGCGAACAAAUGUACCUGUAGAUAUAGCAAAUGACAGUGCGAAAGAGGAUGAUUUUACAGUAAAACAUGUUAAAUCUGUAGCGGGAGGGAACUAUUACUGCUGUCAUGAUAAGUUUGGGUAUGGGAGAGGCUUUUCUGUCAUGGGCAGGAGAGUUGAUAGUAUGGGUCGUGUUGAAUAUAUGGUUAAAUGGGAUUGAAAUUGUUGCGAUAGAGACCAUUGUGAUACUUCAGAUUCGUUUUAUAUUUUGAGGAUUUCUGUAGAGGAGGAAUUCAAUGCAGUUUUGGAAGUUUCCAUUUCCCAGUGUAAUUUUCAAGAGGACUUUAUUGUUGAAAAUUGGCUUUUGUUUUAAUUAAUGAAAGUAAAAUGAUAUAGGAACAAUGCUUUUUUGGGCCAGGUACCAGAAUGUUCAGCAUUUCUGCAGUGAAUUUUCUGAUUUUAGUUAAAAGCAUAUAUAGUUACUACUGGUUUUAGAAGUUGUUGCAGAAACAGAAAGUCUGUGAAGGUGGAAUGAUGAAUAAAGUCUUUCCCUCUGCAAAUACUGUUAAUUUUCCAGUGCUGAUUUUCAACAGCAAAGCUGUCAGAAUUAUGCUUUAAGUUGCCCAUUAUAAAUUAAUUUUGGAGUGAGCUUGCUGUAAUUCUGCUAUGAGAUGUGGACUGAUAAUGUCUCUUACUUAAAUGAUGCCGAGCUGUCAAAAUUAUUUUUCAGAUAAAUUUUACAAAUUGUACUGGAUUUUGACCAAAUUCUGUAGUAAAAAAUGAGAAUAUUGUCCAGUUGUGCAUAUUGUUGAGAUGUUCUGCUCAAUUGAUAUGGACUAAUUUUAAUGAGGGUUGUGGGACUUUAAACAUUUAAAGAAAAUGUUUCAGGACACAUCAACUUCUUUCAUUAGAUUUUGUUCAUAGUAGUUAGUACGAAUAACCAAGAAAAGAUUAAAUUAACAAUUUAGGGAUUUUUCAAUCAAAUGGAUUACAGAUUAUAGUUAUGGAACUAGACUCUUCUUUUUCCCCAGUGGGGAUAAGUGACCCGGAAUAUUAAAUUUCUAUGAUUUUCAGACAACUUCUACAACAUCUUGCCCAGACUUAUAGAUUACUGUUAGGUCUGUGAUACAUGUUCUUACGUACAUGGUAACAGGGUUUUUACAGAUUUAUUCAGACUUUGUCUGUUUGCUCCCAGUAUUUUGAAUUAUAGAAAAGAGGAGACAUACAGUUUUUUUUCUGAAAAAAAAAUUGAAUUUAAUAGUAAUUGGUUCAGAUAUUUGUCAGUAGCAUAAUUGAAUAUGGAAUAUUGUUUGUGAAACAAUUUUGAUUAUUUUGGCAGGAAAGUCUGUAAUUUGGCCAAGCCGCUAUUUGGUCGGGAUAUAAAUUUGUGGAUUUCAACUUCUAAAAAUGAAACGAAAAGGAAUUUUACUUGUUAGUUGGGAUUUAAUUUUGUGGAUUGACUCAAUGACAAAUUCAACAAAAAUGAGUCCUCCAUGAAUAUUUAAGAUUUCUUAGUUUAGUACUGCCAUUGUUCAGUCUUGUAUCAGGAUAGAUUCCGUGAUUGACAGAUACCGGUAUGCAGUUAGUGACGAGACUGUGUGAUUCCUGCAGUAUAAUACUCUUGAGGAAUUAAGUUAUGUUAAUAUAAGUUAAUACUUGGUGUGCAUUGAAAUUAACUGAAAAUGUUUUAAAUAUUUUUCUUGAUAGGGCUAUCAUUGUUAAUUGUGACAUUGAUGUAUUGCUGUAUUUAUCUCUCUUGGGAAAAAAAUGGCAGCCAUAUUUGGGGUCAAAGUUUUAAUUAUCUUAUAGAAAUAUUUAACAAAAUCAGCAAAAUAAUAUUAAAGGUGUAAGGACAGUUGUGAUAAUCCUCCACACAUGACACAUGUAGAUAUUACAUAUGUAGCAAUGAUACAAGAAAAAACUGUAUCAGUAAGCGUAAUUUCCUAGCAUUGUAAGAUAUUCUUGUCUAUUCUGUAGCAGAUUUUAUGUUAACCCUUUCCCUUCUAAAUUUCUGUAAUGAACUUGUUCCUCUUUAAACCCUUCUAAAUUUCUGUAAUGAACCUGUUCCUCUUUCACUUUGGACAGUACCAUUAACUGUUUAAAGGGGUGCUUACCAAAAGAUAAUGAAUGAAUGGCGAACAGUGCAGAUCUUGAUCAGACUGCACAGAUAUCAGGCUGAUCAUGAUCUACACUGGUCGCAAAUGCAGAAUCAGUCAUGUCCAGCAUGAUAAGGGUUAAGAAUUACACCCACAAAUGGCUGCUAGGAGAGAUAAUGAUUGCUAUGUAAAAAGCAUCUUUUAUUGAUUUUAACAUGCUGAUGAUAUUUCAAUACCAGUACAGAAUUUUAGGAUGUUGGUAUCAUAGUUCCAACAAAGAGAAAACAUUUUAACAGUGGCAGCCCUAUUUCUUGAAAUAUUUAAUGAUAAUUUCUAUAUUUAUUCAAGUUUUAUGUUCCCAAUCAGUUGAAUAUUUAUUGUGAUUUUUAAAGCUUGUUCAGAGUGUUAAUUUUAAUUUUAGUAGAUUUUUUUCUCAUUUGAUUAACUGCUUGUCUGGCUAACAUUUUUCCAAGUUUGAAGAGUGUAAAAUAAAAUGCUGCUGAUAUUGAAGUAGUUAAAGUUAAAAUAAGAUUUACGUAAACUGGCAUUAAUACUUACAUCAGUUUAAUAUACAAGUAAGAAGUUAUCGAACAUGUCGAAGAGAUCCCAGUUUGUGUUGCCAAAUACCGUAAGCUUUCGUUGAAUUUAGAUUUGACAUUAAAAUAUUCAGCCAGUUUUGCCAAAUGAUUGAAAUAAUAGGGACCAUCUCUCCAUUCUUUGGACAUAGAAAGAUCUCACUUACACAGACUGAUCUCAUUUGUUUAUCAGGUUGAUAUAUUUUAACCUUCAGCCUGCUAAAUUUCUAAAAUGGACUGGUCUUUAUCAGUUUGGGCAAUACCAUUUAUUAUUCGAAGGAGUUUCCACUGAAAAUUUAUUGACUGAGCGAACAGUGCAGACCAUGAUCAGCCUGCAUGCUGAUCUUGGUCUGCACUGGUCGCAAAGGCAAAAUCACUUGCCGCCAGCAGGCUAAAGGUUAAAGUAUUAUAAUAGAAGUUUGACUGUGCAAAAGGACCUGUUGCAGUUCUACAUGAAACCUGCUUAGUUUUUGGAAGUUAGUCAGUCCUAUAUAUAAUCCUUUGUUGGCUAUCAGUUGAAAUAUUAAUACUUUUCAAAUUCAAAUCACUUUAGAAAUUUUCUAAUUGUUUGUCAUUUUUUGAAAAAGGUGCCUGAAAUAAUGCUUACAGGUUCACCUAAAAAAUUAAAAGCUAAAAAAUUGCAGUAUGACCUUCAAUUAUGUCAUCAUAAAAACUGCAGAAACCAAAAAAACUUCAGAAAAGUUUAAUAAUAAUAGUUGUUUAACUAUUUUUUAGUCAAUUUUCAGUGAAUGCAGUUGUGUUAAAAGCAGUUUAUAUAUCAUAUGUAAUACUUUCCUAAUAUUUGGAAAAUUAAUUUGUUUUACUGCCUCGGAUCAGAACAGAUUUGUAUGUUUAUUUUUGAAUAGCCUGUAGUUGCUGCAUUCAUGUGUACCACGCUACAGGGUCGUAUUGCUUCUGUAACCCUUAUAUGGUAAACUGAGACAUUUAACUUUGGUCUUAUUAACCUUUACCCUGCUAAAUUUCUCAAGUAGACUGGUCCAUCAUUCAAUUUGGGCAAAACCAUUUAUUAUUUGAAGGGGUGUUUGCUGAAAAUUUACUGACUGAAUAGCGAACAGUGCAGACCAUGAUCAGCCUGCACAGAUGUGCAGGCAUCCGUGCAGGCUGAUCUUGGUCUGCACUGGUCGCAAAGGCAGAAAUAUUUGCCGCCAGCAGGCUAAAGGUUAAGUAGACAUACCUCAAGUUCAGCGCCAAAAUUUUAAAUAAGAGUAAUAUUACUUUGAGAUAAGUUAAGCUUUAUUGUUUAAAUAAUUACUUUAGUUUGUGUGGUAUAAAAUACAGAUAAAUUCCUUGUAUAUCAAGACAGUUUUGGUUUUUGUCUAAUGUCUUCGAAAUUUCGAAACUUUCACAUGGAUCUGGAGACUUACAUCUUUAAAAAAAGUUUAUAGCUUGCUCAUGGUCUUCACUUUUUCCAGUGUGUCAUUUUAUGCAUAUAUACAGACCAGCUGUUAUAAACUUCUAGUUGAGGACUGAGCUGUCCUAUUUUUAGCUCACCAUAGCACUGGUAAGCUUUUGGGAUUGUUGGAUGUCCAUUGUCCAUCUGUCAUCUGCUGUCAAUCAUCUACAAUAUCUUUAAAGAAUAUCUCCUAAACGGUCAAGCCAAUACUUCACAGGAAUGUUCCAUGGAUAGUACCGAUUCAGAUUCCUUCAAAUCUAGGUCAUUCAUAUAGAAUUCUGGUAAACAGCUGGCCCAAUUCUGAGAUAUCUUCUAAAAAAUAUUCCUUUGGUGCUCUCUGCCAAAUUCCUUCAAAUAAUUCUAUUUCAUUAAAAACAUGGCUGCCAGGGGAGUGCGUUGAGGGCAGGGAAGGUUUCCCAGUAUGGUUAUAUGGAAAACUUUGAAAUCUCCUUUGAAACUGCCAGCCAGAAUUUUGAAUAAUUUCAUACAAAUCUUCUUUUGUGACCCUUUACCAAGUUCCCACACAUUACACCCAACUCCCCACCCCACCCCCUCCAAAAGUAAAAAAAGAAAGAAAUAAAACGAAUAUAAUAAAGUUAUUAUUUCUUGAUGUUGUGUCAAAGUAUCCUGUAUAAAACUCCACAAACACAUAAGUCAUUACACACCCUUGUUUAAUCAGUUAAAAGUUUUAGAAUCUUCCUGUCAGAAUCACUGGCCCUUUUUCAAAAUAUUUUUACAGAUAUUUGCCGUGUGUGAACAUAUACCAAAACUGUUACCACAAGCUGUGAGACAGGUGAGCCAUCUAGGGCCAUCAGGGUCGUCUUGUAUAUGAAAAAAACAUACAACCAGGAAAUAAAGAUUAGCCAUUCAAGAGCAUAGGUCUAUACACUAUCAUCAAAAUUUACUUACUGAUAUUUUAAUCAUUUUCAUGAUAUAAAUGCCUGAAUGGGGGCAUGUUAACCUUUACCCUGCUAAAUUUCUAAAAUGGACUGGUCUGUCAUUCAGUUUGGACAGUUUCAUUUAUUAUUCAAAGGGGUGUUCAUUGAAAAUUUACUGACUGAAUAGCGAACAGUGCAGACCAUGACACAGCCUGCACAGAUAGAGCUAUGUCAGGUGAGCCAUACAGGACCUUCAUGGACCUCGUUUUUGUUACCAAAGCUAUUAAACAAUACAAAAAAUUGUUACUUCAUCUGUGUUCUUGCAUGAGAUAUGAUAUAAAAGUUGAUAUUAUUUGUUCAAAGGUGACAUUGUAAAAUAAGUUUUUUUGAAAUGAUUUGUUGAUUUCUAAGUGUUGACAGAUAUUUAACUAUUUGUCAUGUGAUCAUCAAUAAAGUAUUGAUUCUAACAUGGAUUUCUGGUGUCUUAGAAAACUCUUAUAUCCAUAGUAUUUUGCCAUUAUAUUUUAUUUUCUUAUUUCAUCAUUAACAAUGAAGACAAUUUAUAGUUGUUUGGA